AUGAUAACUACUCACAGUUUUGAGGGAAUUGAGGUUGCUGGAGGAAAUGCGCCUGCGCGGGAUUCAGAUGGGAUAGAGCAUGAGCAUUCGGUACCGGGCCCCCAGGACCAGCCGUCCCAGGAGGCAUCCCACCCAUCAUCGGACCCGCUUGGCUUACUUGAGGCCCUCCUGGUGCAGAGACACCAGGAUGCAUUUGUUGUACCAUUCCAGGCCCAGGGUGUCCGGCGUUCGGGUGUUGACCGGGCAUUGGGUGACCCGGGGCCAUACCCGGCUGCGGGAUGCCUUGGUGGGCGGGAAACGGUUGCGCCAUCAUCAUUGCUGAGCGGCAAAGUCACCACAAGACGGGAGACCUCCAGAAAAAUCUUGGCCGCGACGCCUAGGGGGAGGCGACCGGGUGGUGAACGACGAGGAGCGCGCCUUGGGGGUUGCGAGAACAGCCGCUUUUAG